GUAGUCUCCGUAAAGUACUGGUUCUGUCGUCGAGUAUUUAACUUCUGGAACCAACUCCCAGAACAAGUGGUGUUUGCAUCAUCGAUUAAUUCGUUCAAAAGAGGACCGGACAAGCACAACGGUCAACUGGGGAAAGAUCAAUAUAGUCUCACGGCCGUCUGUCCUCAAACAACAAAUCUGAAUCUGUCUUGUACGUUUUAUUCGAGCCGCGUUACGCUUCUAGCGAGCUAUGAAUAUCGAAGAGGAUAAGUGUGAUACUAUUUGCGUUGAUGGCAGUUUUAUGGAGGGUGGUGGACAGAUUCUGCGUAGUGCCGUCUCACUUGCAGCAAUAACUGGCAAACCUGUGGAGGUCCAGAAUAUACGAGCUGGUCGGUCGAACCCGGGUCUUAGCAACCAACACUUAGCUGGACUUGAGCUCUCCGCAAAGUUGUGCUCAGGUGCUUUAUCGUCCUGUACUCUUGGGUCGACGAAGAUGCGUUUAAUUCCUGGUCCUAUUAUUUCUGGCUGUUAUGAGGCUGACGCCAAGACUGCAGGAUCAGUGUCAUUAAUGCUACAAGCUGUAGCACCGAUUCUAGCUUUUGCUCCUAGUCAUAGCGAACUUUUGCUACGUGGUGGUACUGAUGCAUCUUUCGCACCUCCUAUAGACUAUAUGGUUCAGGUGGCAUCCCACUACUUUAAGAAAAUGGGUUUGAGUUACGAUUUGGAGGUGAUAAGAAGGGGGUUUUAUCCAUUAGGUGGAGGCAUUGUGAAGGUCUCAACUUCACCAGUCCAAGAUUCACUUACCCCUAUCUCUCUUCUGGACCCAGGAAGCGUCAAAUUAUUGUUUGGUUAUACGUUUGUGGCAGGGAGAGUUCCAGUGAAGGUUGCCCAUGAAAUGAAAGAUGAGGCAUCACGUUGUCUCCGGGAGUUAUUCCCUUCAUGUCCUAUAAAUAUUGACUCAUUUCGAGAAAGUGAUAAUCGCUGCCAGGGUAAUGUUGCCACAUUUAUGUUCGUCAUGCAGACUUCAACGGAUUGCCUUUUGGCAGUUUCCGGAAUUAGCAGUCCUCGAGGUCCUCAUCACAGACAAUUAGUUUCUGAAGCUUGUCAGUCGAUUUAUAACUAUGCGAAGAUUGGGGCAUGCUGUGAUGAUCAUAUGCAAGACCAGCUGAUACUUCCAAUGUCAUUGGCCAAAGGAAAAUCGCAGAUACGGAUUGGACCACUCACGAUGCAUACGAAGACUUGUAUAUAUGUCGCAGAACUUAUGCUAGGUAUCAAAUUCGAAAUUACAGAGUUAAACGAUGGGUGUUCAAUCGUAUCGUGCAAUGGUAUCGGAUAUUCUCGAAAAGUGCGUAAAAUGUGA